CUCUCGAGUCGGGAUGCCAGGCAUCCAAAUGGAAUAACCAUCGCGUCUUUUAUUUUCAUUUCCUUUCCCUGUCAAUUCUUAAUUUUUUAUAUUGUUUCUUUUGGAGAAAUAGGUUUUACCGACAAUACUCAUAGGCGUCACUUAGUCGCGACACGGACAUUCCAAUGGAGGCACUUCUAGCGCAUUCUUUUGACUAUCUAUCAUCGUAUGAUCAGACUAAGAUUCGCAAAGGGCUGCGUCAAGUCGAAGGCCUACUUGCGCAAAUAUGUUUAUCAAGAUCAAAAGUAUCAGCAUCGGAAAAGCGACGGUCGAUGAUUACCCUAGGAGCCGCGCCCCCUCUGCCCAAAUCCUUGAGUGAACUCUGCGACGACCCGGCGUUUAGGGAGUUUUAUAAGCUGCAGGAAGGGUUUCAGUGGAAUGUUGCAUUACGAUUGAUUUCGUGCCUUGAACACCUCCUAGGUCGCGGGAGCAAUGGUGCUAAUGACCUCUUGAUUAUUGCUGCUCUGGAUUUAAUACAAGGUGUCUUGCUCCUUCACCCACCAUCUCGUGCUCUAUUCGCCAGGGAAGUUUACAUGAAUCUUCUCCUCGACCUCCUCGAGCCCGCCAACUGCCCCGCAAUUCAGUCAUGUACCCUCCUUACACUCGUCACCGCUCUCCUUGACAACCCCGCGAACACACGGACGUUUGAAGAGCUUGAUGGCCUUUUGACUAUUACAUCGCUGUUCAAACUGCGCUCUACGUCGCGUGAGGUUAAGCUGAAACUCGUUGAGUUUCUAUAUUUUUACCUUAUGCCCGAAGCACCCUCGAGCCCUUCGGCAGGGUCAAAUGCGGGAAUCCUGGCUCCACCAAAGGGCGGGGGUAAGUUCUCGAGGAGUACAAAUGGAGCUGGGGAUACUGGACGCGACGGCGCCGCCCAAGACACGAAAACCACGGAGGAAAAGCAAGCGCUACUGGGGAAAUAUCUAAGCAACGUUGAAGAUCUCGUGGAAGAUUUGAAAGAAACUGCACCGUUUGGCGGGACGGUGUACUAGGUGGAUGCCCAUAUUUUUUCGGGUUGAUUUUCGUGGGUGAAUACUUAAGCUGUUAGUACCAUUUGCGGUUCUUUGAUGGUUUUGGAUGCUGCUGCGAGCCUGCGAUGGCGUUUUGAGGAGUAUGGGGGUUGAAUGUAUGAUAUGACUUGACGUGUCGCCGGAAAGAGAUCUGUUUCAAUAUCAAGGUAAUUGCUGAAGACUGAGCACGGAAGAGUUUCCUCUCUUGUUUC